GAGGUUCAUUGUGUUGUUUUGAAAAAUGGGUUUUGUGUUAAUUUGUAUGUUGGGACUUCUUUGGUUGAAAUGUUUGUGAGAAGUUUGGUUUCUUGGACUGCUGUUAUUGUUGGGUUUGCUAGGUGUGGGGAUAUGAGUGAGGCCAGGAAGCUUUUUGAUGUUAUGCCUGAUAGAGAUAUUGUUGCUUCUAAUGUUAUGAUUGAUGGGUAUGUGAAAAUGGGGUGUAUGGAUUUGGCGAGGGAUUUGUUUGAUAAGAUGAAGGAUAAGAAUGUUAUUUCUUGGACUAGUAUGGUUCAUGGUUAUUGUGAGGAUGAUGAUGUUGUGGCGGCUAGGUUUAUGUUUGAUUGUAUGCCUGUCAAGAAUGUGCUUAGUUGGAAUGCGAUGAUUAGGGGAUAUUGUGAGAAUAGACGACCACACGAUGCGUUGAAGUUGUUUUGGAAAAUGAGGGGACGUUUGGAUGUGGAAAUGAAUAAAGUGACGGUUGUGAGUGUUCUUCCUGCUGUUGCUGAUUUGAGUUCUUUGGAUUUGGGUGUUUGGAUUCAUGGGUUUGUGCAAAGGAACCGACUUGAUGAAGAUGUUCAUGUGUAUGCUUUGGUUGAUAUGUAUGCAAAAUGUGGGGAAAUUGGAAAAGCUAAAUUGCUUUUUGAGGAGAUGAAUGAAAAAGAUACAUCGUCGUGGAAUGCUUUGAUAAAUGGUUAUGGUGUCAAUGGUUGUGCGAAGGAAGCGUUAGAAGUAUUCGCAGCAAUGUUACGGGAAGGAUUUGAACCGAAUGAGAUAACAAUGACUAGUGUGUUAUCUGCUUACCAUUGUGGUUUGGUAGAGGAAGGAAGAAGAUGCUUCAAAGAAAUGGAGAGAUUUGGAAUUGUGCCUCAGAUUGAGCAUUAUGGUUGUAUGAUUGACCUUCUAGGAAGGGUUGGAUACUUGGAUGAGGCUGAAAAUAUUCCAAGCCAAUCUACUUAUCGAGCUGCCUCAUCUGCUCCUGCUUUGCCUCAGCCAACUUCACCUACUCAUAGCUUCUCUUCUACUUCUAGUCCAGCCUCAACUUUAUCGGUUUCAUCUCAAUCAACUCCUGAGCCUGCUGACCCAACCAGACUUCGCACUGUCAAUGAUCAUAUGACAACUGGAGGAAAAUGUGGCAUCUUCAAACCAACGAUUUAUCUUACUUCAUCAGCCCACAAUCGACAUCUUGAGCCAAAAUCAAUUAAAUAUGCUCUCAACUCACCUCAUUGGAAAAAUACAAUGGAUCAAGAGUAUGCAGCCCUAACACACAACAAUACAUGGAGUCUUGUUCCCCCUUAUGCCCACGCCAACUUCAUAGGCCUUGAUAUUUCUAAGUAA